UGGUAUUAGUUGGUUGAUCCUGGAAGCGAGACAAGACAAGCAACAGUACCUGGAGUCGUCUUCAGCUUUCGUCCCCCCUCACAUGCCCACGCCACCAUCAUUCUUCCCCUGCCUUUACGCACUCCACACUUCCGUUCUACUCAUCCCCUUCCUUAUCGCAAAUCCAUCCACGCACUGACGCACACACAACUCCAUCAUAGUUCAAUUUGAAACCGAUCGUCUUUCUCCUCUCCUCCUGCCAGCCAGAAACUGGGGAGAACACAGGUGAAGAAAUUUGGCACAGACGGACAGAGUUGGCGUGGCAGCAGGGUGACCAGCGCCCAGCGAGGCAGGCCUCAAGCAGCCGCGCCGGGCCAGUCGUGGAGUCGCCGGCCCUCCCGGGCUUCCGCCGCCGGCCGCCGCCGUGUAGGUUCAGCCGCUGUCCGCUGAGCAGCGUGGCCGUGGCCGCCCGCCGUCUCAAUCCAUCCCAACUUCCUUAGCGCCGCUGCUGAUCAAUCCAGAGGUGCUGAGCCGCUGAGGUUUUGACGAGGCGACGGCACGAGCCAGUGGACUCGAUCGAUCCAAUCUCCCGAGCGCGGAGCGAUAGUCCCCGUCCCAAGAGGGGCCGGCGGGGAGCCAUGGAGUGGGACAAGGCCACCGCCGCGGCCGUGGCCGUGGCCGGCGAGCAGGUGGACGAGAGGGGCGGAGUGGAGGCACUGGGGUACGUCAAGGUCAUGACUGACGAGCAGAUGGAGGUGCUCCGGAAGCAGAUCUCCAUCUACGCCACCAUCUGCGAGCAACUCGUCGAGAUGCACCGCGCCCUCACCGCGCACCAGGACUCCAUCGCAGGAAUGAGGCUUGGUAAUAUGUAUUGUGAUCCUCUAAUGGUUCAUGGUGGUCACAAGAUCACAGCGAGGCAGCGUUGGACACCAACCCAGAUGCAGCUGCAGAUCCUUGAGAGCAUUUUUGACCAAGGAAAUGGAACACCAAGCAAGCAAAAGAUAAAAGAUAUCACAGCAGAGCUCUCACAGCAUGGCCAGAUCUCAGAGACUAAUGUCUACAACUGGUUCCAGAACAGGCGUGCACGGUCGAAGCGGAAGCAGGCUGCUUCUCUACCAAACAAUGCUGAAUCUGAGGCCGAGGCGGACGAGGAGUCCCCGACCGAGAAGAAGCCUAAGUCAGAUGGGCCACUUCACCAGAACAUGGCCACAAGAGCUCACAACCCCGAAAGGAUCUCAGAGAUGCAUCGUCACUUGGAUAUGGAGCAUGAGCAAAACCGUGGUAUGAUGUAUGGAUCCAACAGCGACAACAGCUCUAAAUCAUCGGGCGGUUUGGGCCAGAUGUCCUUCUAUGCGAAUGUUAUGUCAAAUCCAAGAAUUGAUCAAUUCUUGGGGAAGGUGGAGACCCCCGGGAGCUUCUCCCAAUUCCGGCCAGGCGAAAGCUUUGACAUGUAUGGAUGACACGGCGAUUCUAGAUGAAACGGCGUCCCUGUAAAAAGUGAAACGGUUUUCAGCACGCGUUCGUUUUGCUGACACGAGCUGAGGUCUGAGAAGUUAGUUUGCCUUGGUGACUACGUGUUGGUCAUCACCAUCUUGUUGAAACUCGAUUUCUUGUGGAAAUAGUUUGCAGAAGCUUAUAUAGAGUGUUUGAUUGUUGCCCGUAGCCUAUUGUAUACUCUUCAUGUUGGUGCGCAGUCUCACCAUUUGCCUUUUUUAGCCGGAAAAGGUAAGCUUAUGUAGUUCGUCUGUUUGUUUUGGUCACAGCGUCAGUGUAACAAGCGGCAUUGUUAGUUUGUUA